AUGAGGAGCAGCAGGAGGACAGAGGUGUCUCUCAAAAGCUCUGCUCAGCAACUUACCGAUCACAAUAUCGGCACAGAGCUGACAACUGCAUGGAAAAGUUUGGCUCAGUCCAAAGCUGCUUUGCGGCAUAUAGAAAACCGUUUAGAGGCAGUUCCAGGGACAGGGGUUAUCCUGGACUCAGUCAUGGACCCCCACAAGGAGAAAUCGUCCAGGGCGGUCCGCUGCAGGGAUGGGCAACAAGCUGAUGACAAUGGAGGGUCUUCAAAGCGCAGGGGGCGUAGUCAGCAGAGUCCAGAAAAGAGCAGCUCACGCAGCCCACUGAGAAACACUACCCAGGACAGCAACGUCCGCAGGAACAACAGUGUGGAGUUCAGGGAACCGCUGGCCUCAUACAGAGAGGCUACCCCUCCACCACAUCCAUCCUCUCAGCUGGAUGCCUACAGCCUGCAGUCAGUGCCAGGGUCUUCGUACCCAUCGUCUCCACUUCCCUCAGAUCCUCUGCUCAGCCAGCUGGUCUACCAGAGGGACACCAGGGACAAGCAGACAGACAGAGACCUGGACAGCACACACUCCUCGGCUCUGGAGGGCACAGAGGUCCGCUACCUCAAUGACCAGCCAGCCCUGGACACCAUGAGGACCAUUGGAAAUCAAUCAUAUCUCACAGCUCCAGCCCCAGGCUCCUUACGCCGCGGGGAGAGCACUCCUUCCACCAGCCCUGGCUCAGCCUCCCAGCGCUUGGAGAAUCUAAGGCGACAUCAGCCUGAUGAUAAACUGGAGAAGCUCAAAGAGCGUAUUCGAAGGCAGAGACAACAUCUGGAGGAGGCUGCAGAGAGAGAGAAGCUGAUGGGUUUUCUGGAACAGCCUAUUACGGCAGCUGUGGGGAGUAACAAUGCUGGUACCAACAACAUGCCCACAGCCAAAGUACGGAAAGUUGCAGCUGCGCCACCUGCUCCUAUUUACAAAGGUUUCAACAGUACUGAGACAAAGAUCCGGACACCUGACGGGAAAGUUUGGAAAGAGGAGGAGUUUCAUAACCUCAGCAGAGAAAUAUACAGAGACCUGUCACGUCAGUUUAGCACCAGAUCCAGGCAUCAGCAGCAGAGGGAACAGAGAGCAGACAGGUCCAAAGAGAGGAGGCCUCCCAAACCAGUCAGGAAGGUCCACAGAGCUACCCCUGCCUCCGACCUAAAUGCAAAACCAGCGAUUAGCCCUGCAUCGUGGCGGGAUGGCCAGAAGCUUGUAAAGAUGGUACUGGGUCCAGUUCCCAAGCUGCCCCGGGAGGAGGACAGGCCCCAUCCAGUUGACGGACUGAGCAGAACAGCUUCCCGUCAACGCUCCAGUUCAGACCCACGCUCACAAUCAAACCGACGAUCUCGUCCUAACAGCACAGAAAGGCCUCACAGUGGUUCUAAAAGCCACUCCACAACCACAUCUUCCCACUUGUCUGCAGCUCAGGACAAGGUGCCAGUGGGUGUAAGUGCAGACCUGUUGUCAGCAGACAUUCAGGGGAUUCUUGAUGACCUUCAGCUGGAGUGUAAAGCAGCUGAGAGGGAGGAGAGGGCUCGACAAAGGUCCCGGGGUGGUGCUUCCUCAAGAGGAUGCCGCAGCGCCAGCCCCACUACACACAGACCAGAGGCUGCCAACAUGGCUGACGCAGGGUGCAAAAAGCGACACUAUGACGCAGAUACCGUUCGCCAGUACAUUGUGCGGCAACAAGAGGAGAGAAAAAGGCGUCAGGCAGAGGAGAAGAGGUCACUGAGGGAGGAGACGGAGAGGAGAAACCAGAGACUGCAGGAGCUCUACAAGAAGCAAAGAGAAGUUGCUAAAAUAGUGGCCAUUCCCAGCGAGGCACCUGUUGCCCCUGUGCAAAAGCGACUACAGGAGACCUACAACAAACUGCUGCUGGAGGAGACCCGGCUGGGCGAGGAGGCCACACAGAUACACUCUGCUGCUGCUUCUAGUCAAAUGAGACCAAUGUACCAGCCUUCUGGAGAGUCAGACAAAGAGAACAAAAGACUAGAUGCACCACAGAGCCCUUCGAGCAGUGAUAGGUCUUUGAAUGAUCAGCCACCUCCUCCAUUAUCCAGGAAUGAUCUGGAUGUCGGAGUUGCAUCUUUUCUUCAGCCUGACCGUCUGAGUCCCUCUGUUCGACCUACACCUGGCCCUAGCAGCAGUAUGCUAGCUCCUUUUGGCGACCAUCUUCUCUCUCAGCUUCUCAGGCUGGAGACAGCAGUGGCCGCUGGCAACAUGAAGAACACCCAGCGGCCAGCUACAGCACCUGCCAACAGGUCACAUUCCAAGAUGUCCCGCAUCGAGGCCCUCAAGGCCACAGCUGCAUCCCUCUCCAGCCGUAUAGAGAGUGAGGCACGGAAGCUUGCUGGGGAAGGGAUGAACUAUGGUACAGCAACUUCAAUGGACGUGGAUACUAUUUUGGCUCCUCGGCCCUCUACGGCUAAUCUUGACGAUAGAUGCUGGGCACAAACAGCUGCCAUGGAAAAUGAUGAUGUGGCAUCAAGGGUCCAGAGGAUUUUGACUAGCACUGGUCACAGUUCAUAUGAUAGUAAAGCUCUUCCAGGAGCAGGCAACCUGCACACCCUCAGGGGACAGAAAGAAACGAGUGGUACACACACCAAUUUGAUCAAUCUGCAAACAAUUUCUAGUGAAGCAACAGGGCCCAUUCUCAACAGUUAUACACAAGAAAGGAGGAAAUUAGUCAGUGGCUUGGAGAAGACAGAUCUCCAUGACUCAAGUGCCGGUUCUAUCAGUGAGGGUCCCCUAUUGAGUGAAGGGAGUUUUUCAGAGGAUGAGGCAAGCCCUCCUCAUCCCUCCUGCAAUCGUGUACCAAGACCAGCAAAUCGCCUGGAGGGAGCGGACUACUGUGCCAGUGAAAGAAGGGAUUACCAGCGGCUGUCUGAGUUCCAGAGGGAGGCAGCAAGGUGCUCAGCCCUCAGCUCCCCAUUUGCUCAGCAUGGCAGCAGCAAAGCAGCCUGGGAAGAGCUGAAUAAAGGAAGCCCUUUAAGCGUAAUCAACAUUUUCACUAAGAACCUUCACAGCCAUGUUCAAGUGAAUGAGAGGAACUCUCCCUCUGCCCAUUCUUGGCACUCUGGAAAUGGCCCCGGAGACGCAGUCUAUGAAGAUGACUUUGUGUCAUCACAUAGCAGCAGAGCCACUGGCCAACUGAGGAGAGGCUCCAAUUCACCCAGUGUUACCAAUCACUUUGAAGAGCUGAUGAGGAGGUCUCCCUAUGAGAAAAGCACAGCAUCAGACCAGAGUGAUGCCACCCUGGUGGAAGAGCAUAGGAGCUCCUGCUCACCCCCCUCAGAGGCAUUAUCCUCUAAUUCCAGGAAGAGAGGUUCAGACAAAAGCUCUGCCCACAGCCAGGCCAAGAGUGUCCACUCCAGUGACACUUUAGGAGAAACGUCAGUGCAAUCUCACCAAAGUUUGGGACUGGAUGGUAAGAGGUCUUCAGCGGCCAGGCCCAAACACGCUUCUCCUUCAUGUUCUUCAGACCCUGGUUCUCCUCCAGGAGCAGACUCUUCCAGUGAGCCUGUAAGAGGUGGCUCUCUGGGGGCAAAUAACAUGAACACAGGCACCACAGCUCGCAGUGGUAGAGUAGAGACCAGGACCACAGGUGAACUACAGUAUUCACCUGCUGUCCUGCAGCAGCGUAUGGCAGCAGAGCUCCAGUACCUGGAGUCUGUUGAAGAGUCAGUCCGACAACUGGAUGACAUGGAGAGGGUGAUGGGUGUGUCCAUGGCUCAGCAGGAGAGCGCGUCAUUGGCCCAAAUGCUCAAGGCCAAGCAGCAGCGCCAUGAGCGUGACCUCUAUGAACUGAAGAUCAAGGCUGAAAGAGAAGCCCUGGAGACAAAGCUACAGCUGGAGGAAAACCGACAGAGAGUGGCCAGGGCUCAUAUAGACCUGCAGGAAAGUUUGGCAGUGACUCAAAGAGAGACUUUGGAAGGCCUCCAGGAGGCAACUACUAAGAUGAUGAGUCAACAGGCUGAGGCAGCACGGUACACAGCCGACACUGCCCGACACAUCAAGGAGAUGACAGACUUGGCGCGGUCGCAGAUAGCAGGAGCUUUGGUUGUCCCCCCUGUUGCCACUGAUUCUUCCAUGUUGGACCAGCGGGAAGAACAGGAGAGCUCUUAUACGAGGCAACAGCAUGAUCAGGCUGACUCUGACAGCUUCCACAGUGAGGUGUCGAGCAGGAGGGCCAGGCCAGAGGAACCUCUGUCUUCGCUGAACAGCCUCAGUCACUCUGACUCUCUGUCCUUCAGAAGACCCAACCUCAGCUCCAUAGAGGAGGAAGUUCCUACAGCAGCAAAUGACUCCCUCUGCAGUGACAGCAUCCCUUCUGUAGUGGAUGAGAAAGGAGACAGUACGUCAGUGGCGACAGAGUACUCUCUCAAGUUUGAUGAGUCCAUGACAGAGGACGAGAUAGAGGAGCGAUCAUUCCGCUCUCUGCUGCCGUCUGAAGCACACCGCCGCGGAACUAUGGAGAAAAAGUCCCGCAACCACGACGAAUCAGAGGAUGAUGGUGCCAGUCACAACACAACAUUGUCUCAAGAUGCAAACAUGGCGUUCUCUGGUGGACAGGACAGCUUUUCCCAGUUCACCAUGGACAUGGUGCGUCAAUACAUGAAGGACGAGGAAGUAAGACUGCAGCAUCAGAGCUCUCUCCUGCGUCUUCGGCAGAAGGCUCUCAAAGAGAAGACGAGAACUGAGCUGGCCUGGCUAGAGCACCAGAAAAAGAGACUGAGGGACAAGGGAGAGGAUGACAAAAUGCCACCAAUCAGGAAGAAGCAGAGGGGCCUUCUGAUGAAACUACAGCAGGAGCAGGCUGAGAUCAAACGACUUCAGGAGGCCAACAAAGCAGCAAGGAAGGAAAGGCAGCUGUUGCUGAAGCAGCAGGAGGAGAUUGAGCGGAUGAGAAACUCUACACUCAGACUGAAGGAGCGUCUCAAGUGUGCGGGGGGUGAAACACCACCACCUACUCCUGUGUCAGAAACACCAGUGUCAGAGGCAGCCUCCCCCAACAUAAGACUUGCUGUUGAUAACCGCAGCCCCUCUCCUUCGCUCUCUAUCUCUGGAAGCGAGACUAGCAGCAUCAUGCAGAAGCUUAAGAAGAUGCGCACUCAAAUGGAUGAGAAACACUGCUCUCCUGUCCACUACUUCCUCUCUGUGUUCACGGCCCACCACUGGGCCUCCCUCAGUGUCUGUCUUCCCAACCUCCACCCUAAAUUCCAGCUCUUUAUCUACAACCAGUUGGUCAGGUUCCUGACCAAGCGGGAGCAGCAGCUGAUGCAGAGGCGUCGCCAUGCUGAGGAACUGCUGCAGUGGAAACAGCGGCUGGACCAGGAGGAGGCAGAGGUCCGUAGGAUGGAGAAAGAGGCCCUGGCUGUCUGGGACCGGCAGACGCCUCGGGACAAGGAUCAUGACGUGUCAGAGAGUCAGAAAAACGAGAUCUCUGACAUUAGCCCAAGUCAUCAUCAAAGCUCAGAGCCCAGAACUGACAACUAUGUCAGUGAGGGUGACUGCUCCUCAGCAACACCUGAGUCCAGUAUACACACAGAGGGAUUGGGGUCCCAGCAACCAGGAAGCCUCUCCUCACCACAACCUGUGUCAGUCCCUGAAACACCUUUGGCCUCCGUCCAGAGCAGCCCUGCAAAUUACACCCAAGACUUCGCUUCAGCUUCACCAUCAUCGAGCGGACAAUCUGCACAGUCUUCUAUAUUCAAAGGCAGCCACAGCCCUGCUGCCUCUCCUUCAGAUGGCAGCAGCAAAACCAAGAUGCAGCUUCGCUCCUCCUCCCGGACCAGUAACCAGGCCCGCACUCAGCCAACUGAACCUAUGGCCACGCAGACUGAACCCAUUUCAGACCAGAGUGACAUAGAGUCUCGUAUCAAGGCCCUGAAGGAAGAACUCAGAAAACGAAAGUUUAUGGCCUACCAGCUGAAGAAAGAACAGAGGAAGAGGCAUAAGGAGCGCCUGAAGGCAAAGGAGGCCAGCCUGUUGAAGCAGCUGGAGACCUAUAACAACUUCAUUGAGAAAACUAAGGCAGAACUGAACAAGGAACCAGACUCAACACUUGAUACACAGUCCGAGAUCAAGGAUUCCACAUCAGUCGCAGAUCAGUCCAGUAUUAAGCCACCUACUCACAGGUCUGAAACCAGUCAAGUCUAUGACUCUGAAAGGACACGAAUUGAUGCUUCUUUGGACCAUAAUGCCCUUCCUCAAGUUGAUCAUAGUAGAUCCACCUCGGUGCCUGAAGAAUUAUCUGAUGAAGACCCACCAACUGUCACUCCGACCCCAGUGUAUGGCAGCCCAGAGUGUCCAACCUCAGGACUGAGGAGCCAGCAGUCCACAGUGGAUCUCUUAAGACCCUCCUCCAAGGAAACAAACACACUGAUUAUUGAGUCAGUGGAUGAGAACAUUGUGUCUGAUCAAAGAUCUGAAAUUCAGGAAGAGCUGGAGGUGGAAGUGAGCUCCAGGUUGGAUCAAUACACUGAACGUCUCCUCAAACUAGAAACGGAAGACAGACCAGACUCCUUGGAGAAGCUGUUAACAUCUAAACAUGUUUCCUCUUCUGUGAGUGGAGAACAUCAAUAUUCUCCUUCUGAAGCAGAGGAUGUGGGAAAACCUACAACCCAGUCACAUUCAGCUCCACCACAUCCAAGCUACAGCUCAUCAACAAGUGAUCCCUCUGGCUUCCCUGACUCAGUCACCUUCCCUUCAAAGAAGGAGGCACCCAUAAAGGAUGCUGAAGCCCCUUCUCCCUUGGCAGAUGGUUAUCAUGAUGACUUUGAGUCAUCACUUGAUUCGUCACCCAGGGAGCAGCAUCAUAGUUCCAAGCCUGACUCUCAAAUCUCAGGUUCCCCGAUUGAAAUCAAAGGUUCAGGAAUGGACUCCCCUAGCAGAGCCUCAUCAUAUGACAGCCAAGAUGAGGAGGUAGAGGAGGAAAUAGCUGAGGAGCUGAGUCACCAUUCUGGCACAAGUGAACCUAGCCAACAAUCUGGAAGACUGCUAGAUCUCCAUAAGCAGACAGAAGAAGACUCCAAACAUGACGAUAAGAGCAUGAAUUUCAGCCACUCACCACCCAUCUCUCCUUUGCAGACAACUCUCUCUCCUGUUAUCGAUGAAAUGCAAAGUUUUAACAUUGGAGAUCGGGUUCUUGUCGGCAGUGUUCAGCCUGGCACUCUGAGAUUCAAAGGUCCAACCAGCUUUGCCAAUGGCUUCUGGGCUGGUGUGGAGUUAGAUAAGUCUGAAGGGAGCAACAAUGGUACUUAUGAUGGAGUGGUAUACUUUGAAUGUGAUGAGCGCCACGGUAUCUUUGCUCCUCCAGACAAAAUCACACACCUCCCAGAUAAGUUUGAGAUCUACACAGACACCACAGAGGAUGAGGACUCAUUCUUUGAUGAUCUGUCAGAUAAAGGUGGGAAUAAACAUAAAACAGAUGAGGACAAAAACAAUCAAAAACAAGGAAAUAUUGAGAGUAAAAGUGAACAAACAUCUCAGAAGGACAUUGGGUCUGAAGAUAAAAAGGUUACAGAUGAUACUCUUCACAAGAACCAGACCUCACUGAAGGCCAGAUCCCACCUCAAUUCACAGCAUCACGAAGAAUCUAAGCAUCCCAUUUCUAAUGGCAACAGUCGGGACAUAAUAUUGGAAUUUGACGAUGCACCAACCACUCUCCUCAUCUCUGACAUGGACAAGAUUGGCCUGGGGAAACAGAGUCAGAAGGAGAUUACAACCUUUGUUGAGAGAGAAGAUAUGGACUCACAACACCAGUUUCCUCCUGCAGAUCUUAGCACAGAUAUCAGGGAUGUUAAAGAGGAAAAGAAGGACACAGAUUUACUGGACACAUUUGCAGACAAGCUCUUCAAAAACUUUGUGAAAGACACUGUGAAGCAGUUUGCCGAAAUUAAAAAGGCUAAAGAGCAGAAGAUAGAAGCUGCCAACCAGAUGAAUGGAGACUUGUUUGGUGAAAAUGUUGAAGAGGAGUGGCUCUCUUCAGUGGAACAAAAAGAUGGUCUACCUUUCUUCCUACCCGUAGAGAAAGAGGAGCUGUCUUCUCCAGAGCUGUGUAACCGACCGGAGAGUCCAGUUCUGGGGGCCAGCGGUCAAGAGGAGCUCGCCAAGCGACUAGCAGAGCUGGAACUGAGCCGUGAACUGCUGGAUGAGCUGGGUGACGAUCAGGACUGGUUUGAUGAGGACUUUGGCCUCAGCUCCCGUAGGGAACAGCAGAGGCUUAAACAGAAACAAAGAGAGGAAGAGGAAGAGGUGAGGCUGGGAGGAGAACAGGUAAAGACUCCACCUAGACCUGAGCUACCUCUUCCCCUGCCUCCUAAACUACCUGAGCAGCCCGCCAUGGUUGUGCCCCACUCGGCCACAGAGGUGGAGAAGAUGGUCCACGCUGCUACUCAGGAGAUCUGGGAGAGUUAUGGUCUGGGGAAAGAGGGAGCAGUGACGCUUGCACAUUUGCCAAACCCCAAACCUUCACAAGAGUACCUGGGUAAAGAAGCCAACAGCCAGGACCAGGAGGCCCUCUCCAUUUGCAGCUACAGAAAGGGUGUGUAUGACCUGACAUGGGAGAUCAUUCAGGAGAUCUAUGCUGAAGAUCCCAACAUUGAUCAGCCUCAGUGGGUCAAAGCACGGCGAGUCAAGGCCUCCAUCUUUCACAGAGUAAAGACACCAGGAGACAUCACCAAAAUCCAGGAAUUCAUCGCAGCAGAAGUCCUGAAAUUGUACGGUCUGACAAACAAUCAUAGCCAGAAGACUGACUGGCAGAAGAUGCUCAAGUUUGGCAGAAAGAAACGGGACAGAGUCGAUCACAUACUGGUUCAGGAACUCCAUGAGGAGGAGGCCCAGUGGGUCAACUACGACGAGGAUGAGCUGUUUGUCAAGAUGCAGCUGGCAGACAGCAUCUUCGAUGCGUUGCUGAAGGACACCACAAAUGUGCUGACGCUGAUCUAUGACAAGAGGGCCAAAAGAGACACCCUCUCCUGACACUGUUCCUGCUUGGAUUUUAAACUACAACCUCUAGCUCAAUCCCAGUCUGUCCUCACCCCAGUGAGCUUCAGCCAACCUACCGCUGCUCGGUCUUCCACCAGCUGAUGUGCCAACAGCAACCCUCAGAUGCCUUCAAUCCCAGCAUUACCUCUCAACUCUCAACUCCUCCUAAUUUCUGUGACAUUAUUUUGCUGAAUUUGCUUCAGCUAACUGUAGUGGUUAUACAAUUUAUUUUACACACAAAACGCCUCUUGAGCAAUCCUUAAACCUUAACACCAUCUAGUCUCAGUUCUCACCUCCUGGACUGGUCCUUUUGUAAAUGCCAGUUGGAGAAUGAGCAGAUGUUUUGAUAAGAUGGACUGUGCCAUUUGUUAGCAUUUUAAGUCCAUUAAUGCUGCUAAGAUGAUUGUUUCACUAAAAUAUAAAAUCCACCUGGAACAAAGGUAGGUUCUCAUAUUUUGUUUUGGAUCUUAAAUAUAUAUUUGGAUUCAAAACUUGUAAUAUAAUAGCAGAAAAGAAUGCACAGUGUAGUCUGUGAUUUGACAGUGACGCAUUGUUGAUUUGACUGUAAUCCAGCACAUUGAAAUUAAAUAGGGACUAUGAGGACAACUUUUAGCUUUAAUUUGUGAUUUUUUUAUGCCCAUAUUGGGUGAAAAGUGUAGGAAUUAUCGCCUUUUAUACAUACACCUCCAUUUUAAAGGACUGUGAGCUUGCCUUAAAUCAAAAAUGUUUACAGACUUUUCUUUGUCAGUCUGGUCUUCAGCGAGUAUAACAUGCUCAGUUGGACUGAGGUCAAUUGGCUGUGACGGUCAAGUACAUUCGACUGUGUGGCCCUAAAAACUGCUUGUAUGUUUUGACUGUCCUUAGCAUGAUUGUCCGGCCGCAUUGCCUUUAAUUUGGGGGAAAAUGUGUAUUUAAAAAAAAAACCAACACUGUUCACACAAUAAGGGGAUGAACACCCUCCUCUGAACUCCCUUAGAGCUGAGAGUCAGCACUUCAUAAUCAUAGUUGAAUUUAAGAUCCAGUGUGCUGGAGGACAUCUAAAACAUUGAAAUUGUGUCACUCGUAAAAUACUUUCAGACCGCACUGUGUUGGAACAUCACUGAGUUCAGAUAUUGUAUGAAACAUUUUGCCUCCUUAAUUAUAUUAUUUAUUGUGUGAAAAUGUUUAAUUAGAGGAGAAAGGAACAUUGAGAAUUGUAAAUGAUCUUGUCAACAUAUAGAUAAAAGAUAAUUUUUACGUUGUGUAAAGAAAAUUUAAUGGAAUAUUGUAAAAGCACAAACAGAAAUGUGAAUGUGAAUAUGGCAAUACAUUAUGUAGGAGGAGGUUUAAAGAAUGCUAUUGAAACCAGAAAAAGAACCUGGGGAAAUCUUUUUUUAGUAUUUAAAAGCUGUAGCGUUAUGGAUGAAUUGAAACUGUAUGAUUUUGUUGUGGCCACAACUGUCUGUUUGGUCAACACAAUCUUGUGUCCCACUUCUGCACUAUAUGUUAAUAUUUUGAAGCACUAUGUACCAUUGUUUACGUUUAAAAAAAAAAAAAAAAAAUCUCAUACAGCUACUAAGGGAAAUACAAUGUUUUUUGUUUUCUCUGUCAGCAGCUCUGGGUUUUUUUUUGUUUUGUUUUGUUUUGUUCUGUUAGCCACAUUGUGGAACGUAUCCAUCAGUGUCACUCUCAAAAAAUCAAGAUAGUUUAAUGUGCAUGCUGGCAUUUUUAAGGUUUCAUUUGUUUGUGUGAGCACACUACAUAUUCAAAACACACUUUAAUAUAUAGUAUGCAAGUGGGACACAAAAGACUGGCAGUUGGCUUGACUUGAUAUUUUUAGUAUCACAUUAUAGGACAGUACUGAAAUGCUGGAUUUGAGCCUUACUUAUUCAACAGUCCAUUUACUUUCAAUGACCUGAGGAGACACCUUUGGCUGUCUUGUUUGGUCAUCAGUUAUCCUGGAGCACGUUUCUGUAGCUGAACAUUGUGGAGCAACCCAAACAAAACAUUUAGCCGUGUAGCAGCAUGACUCGAUGCUCCAGUUGUUGCUGUGAAACAUUUGGCUUUACAGUAGUCAACAAGUUCAAAGCAGCCAUCAGAAUGUAGCCAGACAGCAGAGGUAGUCUCCCUUAAUGUUCAGUUUAAGUGCCUCUUUAUGUUAGUUGUAACAAACUUUGUUGAUUUCUCAGCAUCCUUUGGACCUAUUUUCUUUGAAUGUCUCUUUUCAACUGCUGUAUACUACCAUUUUGUAAACGAUCCUUGAAUGACUGCUCUUCCUUCUAACCGGUUUACCAAUACUUCAGUUUCUGCCUUAUAGAUCUUUCUCUAUCAGCAUGGUGUAGUAGACAAAGUUUUUUACACUUUGUCAUUUUCCUGUGCCUCAGCCUGAGGAAAUGUUUGUAAUGCUAACAGAAACGCUGAUUCACUCAAAAGGUUACCUGCUCCUUUACCAUGUCACCCCCAUAUCUGUGCAUAUAGACACAGUUGAGUCAUUUUAUUGAUAAACUGUAUCAGGAACUAGUUUGUGGACACUCCACACAGACGUAACGGCUCCAGCCCACAGGCUGCACAGAGUGAGUCAUUGAGCUGAUGACACUCAGCACGUAGGACUGUAUCCAAGGGCUUAUUUUGGUCCUCUCUGUCAGCGCUGCUUUGAUCCAACAAACUGUGUACAAACUCAUUGUAGCAUGUGUGAUAUUGUUCAUCCUCACUGACUGACUGUUUGGAGCUAAAGUGACCUUAAACUGAGUACUUAAUGUUUUUUUUUUUUUUCUACCGUCAAUGUUUUAAUAGUUACUAAGGUGUAAGUUCAAGCUGUAAAUUAUAUAAUGUAGAAAAAGACCAAAAACAUUUGAUACCGAUUUCUCCAUGCUGUAUGACUUGUAUGUCCAGUCUGUAGGCAUAUGUAACUGUAAUGGUGACUUGAUUAGCCCCUUAGAAAGAUGUUCUGCAAGGCUUUAUUGUAAACCCUCUAGGAUUGUCCUCUUGACUUGAUUGUAUGUGGGAGGAAGUUAAGUUCUCCUCUGUAACUAUGCAGUACUUGGUCUUAUGCAUUGUUUUAUAUGUAUGGACCAAACAGCUUAGACUUCUGCUGUUAGUCUAUAGAAUAAAUAAAUCUUCAAGAAGCUUGAA